AUGUCUUCGGACCAACAACCCCAGCUUUCCUCUUCAUCUCGACUUCAAUCUGAACCUCAACCUUCUUCACACUCCUCCACGAAUCCAUCCCCCUUCCCCCAUGGCGUCUUCCUCCCCAACGGCCUCCAAACCGACCCUCCCUUCCCUCCCAACCCCAAGGACGACCCAACGCACAACUACAAACUCAACCACUUCAUGCUCCGGAUCCGCGACCCGGCCCCGUCUCUCCAUUUCUACAUCACGCUGAUGGGCAUGCGCACCGUCUUCACCAUGAACGUCGGCCCCUUCACCAUCUACUACCUCGGCUACCCACAGACGGAAGCGCACCGCCGCAACCUCGCCCGAUUCGGCGCUGACACUGCCGCCAACCUGCAACACACUCUGGGCUUGUUGGAACUAUACCACGUGCACGGCUCCGAGAAGCAGGAUGUCGACUACUACGCCACAGGGACGGGGAAUGUGCCGCCUCAUUUGGGGUUCGGACAUCUGGGGCUCACGGUCCCGGAUGUCGCCGUUGCAGUGGACCGAUUGGAGGCUAACGGAGUCGAGGUGGUCAAGGGGUUGGGGGUCUGUACGAGGCAGUCGAUUCCCAUUUCGGACUGGGAGGUCGAGGAGAAGGGGGUGGGUGUGGAGGUGGAGGGGACGGAUAGUCAGAUUCACGCCGAGUAUAGCAAGAUCUUUGAGAAGAUUGCGUUUGUGAGGGAUCCGGUGAGUUUCACUUGUCUUCUCAGAGUCAUGUCGAACUGGGAGUAUUUGUUUACGACUUUGUCUUUCGAACGGGAGUCAAGGUCGUGGUGUCCCAGUUGA